AUGUUAUCCACAAAAUCACUGGACAGCUCAUACGUCCCUUCCCUCGCGUUAUUUCCACUCCAAAGUCCUCCAUCACCAUCAUUACAGUAUGGAUCUCGACACAUAUUCCAGCGUAGCUGUUUAUACAAACUGCGAUCUAUGCGAGUCUCGUCGUCCUCAUCGUGGUCGUGGUCGUCGUCGCAGCCGCCGUCGCCGCCUCGUUCUUCUCGUCCUCCCACAUUUGAAUCGCUGGCCGCCGUGCCGGCCGCCCGACUGUCCGCCAUAUGCUAG